CUGACCAACACACCAUGAGCGGCUAAACAGAAACAAGGCGCCCAUGUGUGAUGGAAAUUAAAGUCAUUAUUAUUCAUCCAUGGGUCGGGGUUGGUUAUGUCCGCAACCCGCCCUCUUUUUCCACAAUCUUGACUCGACGUGCGUUCAAUAAGAUUCCCUUCUCCUUCGCCCUUGACGCACGGCACUCAAGUGCUCCAAUAUACUACCCCGAUCUUCUUGUUCGUCCAUUCAUCGAUGAAAAGUAUUGAAACACCAUCCGAUAAGUCUGAAUUUACUGGGGGCAAGAUCGAUGAACGGGCCGGUGAUACCCGAAUCACUGCUCCUGAUGACGGUGAGUAUCCUGAAGGGGGACUCAGAGCUUGGCUUGUCGUCAUUGGGUGUGCCCUCUUAACAUGUUCGACAUUUGGAUUUGUUAAUGCCUGGGGUGUCUUUCAAGAGUAUUAUUCACAAACGCUUCUCUCCAAUCAGUCCCAUUCGAAUAUAGCAUGGAUAGGCUCAGUCCAGUAUGCACUCGUCCUGAUGCCGGGGUCGAUCAGUGGCCGACUCUUCGACAUUGGAUACUUCCGAGAAACAAUGAUACCAGCCACAUGUCUUCUCGUCCUCUCAACGUUCCUUGUAGGGGAAUGUAAGAGAUAUUGGCAGUUUAUGUUAUGCCAAGGAAUUUCUGUGGGAACGUCAUCGGGUUUCCUAUUCGGACCAACGCUUGCAGUGACGUCAAAUUACUUCCAUAGGAGGAGGCCAUUCGUAUUCGGUUUAGUAGCCGUCGGGUCAAGCGUAGGCGGGACACUCCUACCCAUCGUAACUCGUAACCUCAUCCCAAAAAUCGGCUUCCCCUGGACGAUGCGAGUUCUAGGCUUCUUUAUGCUCCUCACAACCAGCACAGCGAACCUCCUCAUCAGACGUCGUCUUCCCCCCGUCAACAUAAAAGGUGGCCUCUUCAACUUCCCCGCAUUCAAAUCGCCCCACUUUGCACUUUAUUAUCUCUCCUCCACCUUUGGCUUCUUUGGGAUGUUCACCGCCUUGACGUACCUUGACACAGCCGCAGUCGAAGUAGCCAAGAUCAACGGAGAUCUGGCUUUUUAUCUCAUUUCGAUAGCGAAUGCAUGUUCGGGUAUUGGGAGGCUUGGUUCCGGCGCUUUGUCGGGGAGGUAUGGGCCUAUCAACGUCUUGGGGUUCUUCAUGGUGUUGGCAGCUUUGAUGACAUAUGUUUGGCCUUAUGCGUUGAGUGUGGGGUCGUUGAUUACUGUAUCGGUUUUUUAUGGGGUUGCCUCGGGUGCUUUCAUCGGGGUUGUCGCUACUCCGCUGACACAUCCUAAAUUUGGUGUUCAAGGGGAUAUGGGCCGGAGAACGGGGAUGCUAUUCACUUUGAGUGGAAUUGGAGCCUUAUGUGGUCCGCCCAUAUCUGGUGCUAUUCAUGAUGCUACGGGAGGUUAUAAAGCAGUUGGAGCGUAUGCGGGUUCUAUCCUGAUGAUGUCUCUCAUUCUUAUGAUUUCUGCAAAAUGGGUCGCUACGGGGACCCCAUGGGGGAAGUUCUGAUGGAAGCUACCUAGUGGUUAUUGACGAGGCAUCGUCUACUUUUGAUAUCAUCACACCCUUCCCCUCCUUCACGCUUUUCCAAACCCCCCCCUUUAGAAAUGACAUAGAUGG